AUGGAUCAUGACUCAGGCGAAGGGAAGCUGGAGAGUGCGUCAAAGUUCGACGGGAGCGACUAUUGGACUCGGAGCUUCCGAUUCGAGCAAUGGGCAGAGGCACACGAUCUAUGGGGGUACUUUGAUGGUUCGGAGGAGCGGCCUGCAUCGGGUGACGCACGGCUAAAGUGGGAGAGGAGAAAUCAAAAGGCAUUUGCCCAAUUCUGCAAUGCCUUGGUGCCAGAUGAGUUGAUUCGCUUGGUACGGGAGUUCGGCGGCAAGACCGAGUUGGGAAACGCACCUGUUGAUGGCGGAGCAAGAGCGGUCACCCGAGUUCCUGCAGGCACAGCAGCGGCAUACACACGAGUGAAGGAAUUCUACCUUCAGCGUGGAUUGUGUAACCGGAUGGCACUCUCAGAGGAACUCUCUUCCUUGAAGAUGAAAGAAGGGGAGGGAGUGGCUGCAUACUGGGCGCGUGCCGAGGACUUGAGGUCCAAGUACUUGGCUGCAGGAGGGAAGGAGGAGGUUGAGGAGUGGAUGAUGAGGGUACUCAAAGGACUACAUCCUCACUUUGAGAUGCUGAAGGUAGUGCUGAACAACCAAUCACCAUCACUUACUAAGGAUCAGCUGCUUACCUCCUUGAGGAGCGAGGAGAUGCGGAUUGGUGUCGCACCAAGAUCGGAUGGUGUAGCCACUUUUGGAGCGGGUACGAAAGUGGGCAGCAGCGGCAGGGGAAAUGGGGACAAGGGCGGAAAGCAUGGAGGCAGCGGUAGCAGCAGUGACACCAACUCGGGUAGAUGGGGUCAAGGAAAAGGCAAAGCGGGAGUGCUUGAUUUCCCCUGGGGGUCCAAGGCCAUGGCUCCUCGGGGGUUGUGUCAUGGCUGUUGGGAUGAGGGACAUGCAUGGCAGCGAUGUCCUCAUCGACCUAAGGGAGGCAUUCCGGCAUUCUUAAAGCGGGGGGGUCGUGGAUCCAACGGCAAGGCACAGGUGGCGGAUAAGGAGGAGCAGGAUGACAAGGCAGAGGCAGUGGUUGGAGAGGCAGUUGCAGCAGUGGGAGAGGAGCAGCCGCGAGAGGGGUGGUGGAUUGACAGUGGGGCCAGCCACAACUUUACUCCUUAUGCAUCGGACUUCAAAAGUAAGCUUCAGCCACCAGAGGUUCGGGGAGUUAGAUUGGGAGAUGGACGGGUGGUGAAAGCUGUUGGCAUGGGUGAGGUGCCAGUGGUUGGUGCUGGAGGUCAGCUGCUGAGGAUUCAAAAGGUCCACCUUUUGCCUGAGAUGCACACGCGUCUGCUGUCAGUCCCACACCUCUCCUCUCGAGAUGUCAUUGUCACAUUCAAGGGCAAGAAAUGUGUUCUUAAACGGGGGGAGAGGGUGUUGGCGAAUGGAGAAAAGGAGAGGGGCAGGGACCAUGGAUUGACGCAGCCAGAGAGUGGGAGUGGGGAGGAGGAUGAGGAGGAGGAGGGUGAGGGCGAGGAGGAUGAGGACGAUGAGGGGAGCGGGGAUGACAGUGAGGCCGGGUGGGAUCCCGAGACGCAUGGCGGUGGGAAAGGGGGGGAUGAUGAGGAGGACCACGAGAUGGAUGGGUUGGAGCCAGAGGAGGUGGAGGAGGGGGUGGGAGAGGGUGGUGGAGGGGCGGCGACAGAGGCGGCCUCACAGCAUGUGGCUGAAGGAGGAGGGAGCGUGGGGGUUAAGGUGGGGAUAAAGCGGGCAUCCAUUAGGAUGCCGAAGCGGAGGAAGAGGGCGAGCAAGUUGAGGGAGCGAGCAUAUCCCUGCACAUUCACUGGGAAGCCCUUGGGCGAGGGUGUGGUCGCUCCGGAGUUCCUAGACGAGGACGGAGGGUCCGAGAGUAGUAAGGGGACUGGCAAGGGUAAUAAGAAACCGGGGUGGCAAGUACAGAUGUUCGGGCCUAAAGGUGCAGACGAGAAGCGUCAGUGCAAGAUUUGCACUGACAGGAUUUCGUGGAAGCAAUCCACCACAACACCCGGCGAGCGGCACUUCGAGAGCUACCACACAGCGCACAUGCACGUGUGGCAUCACCGUUACCACACUCCGUCCGUUCACUUGCCUGGGGAGACGUUUCCUCGUGGGGGCUACAAGGGUGUGCCGGAUGGCUACGUCGAUGGGUGGCCGCAUGCCAAGUCUUGGCCGCAUCUCGCCAAGAAGAAAGGGACGGCGUCCGGUGGAGCUCGGGGGUCAGGCGGGAUGGAGCGGUUCAUGACAACCAAGCUGUCCACGGAGGAGCUACGGCAGGCGAUCGCCAAGCUGGUGGUCACCUGCGACCUCCCCUUCCGCAUCGUCGAGUCCGAGGCCUCCAUCAUUCACAUGUCCAUCAUUCACAUGUCCACCAUUCACAUGUCCACCAUUCACAUGUCCACCAUUCGGAUAUCCACCAUUCACAGUUGUCUCUACUCUACCCUCCUCCAGUUUCGGGAGCUAUUGAUCCUGCUAAACCGCAACUGCGCACAGAAGAACUUCAUCCCCUCGCGGUGGACGGUAUCCCGCGACACUGUGGUCUAUGCAACAGCAGCUCUCCAGUCCACCAUUGAGGGGGAGUUGGGGUGCAAGGUGUCGAUCACCAUCGACAUGUGGACGGCACCCAACAACAAGGCAUGGCUAGUGGUGAUUGGUCACUGGAUAGACGAGAACUUCCAGCUGCGCACAAUGGUGCUUGAGUUCCAUGAGAUGCUCGGGCGGCAUGGGGGCAGGGAGAUGGCGCAGGUGGUUGAGGAGACGAUUGUGCAGUGGGGGUUGGAGGGGCGUUGUCUUGGUUUCACGACAGACAACGCCUCUAGCAACAUUGCCGCCUUCAGGCGGAUGUCGGAGGAGGGUGGUGGUCAGUGCUUCUUCAACUCGCGCAUGCACUUCCGGUGCUUGGCACACGUGAUAAACCUUGCAGUGCAGGCAGCACUGGCUGUGGAUUCCAUACGGAAGUUGCUGAAGAUACUGAGAGAGAUGGCGUCGUGGAUUGGCUUCUCUCCACAGCGCUCGGGGUCUUUCUUGGGCCUACAGCGGACCUUGAACUCGCAGGCCAACCCCGCCACGCCGAAGCCGGCGUUGAAGCUGGUGCAGGACAGUCCUACGCGCUGGGGGUCGACCCACGACAUGGUCGAGCGUGCGGGUGUUCUGCAGAACCCCAUCACUGUCUUCUUCGCCCAGACACAGGGCUUGUCGAAGACCGACAAGAAGAAGGUGGAGAGUUUGCGCCUGACAGACGCAGACUGGGAGACCCUGCAGGCGGCGAAGACGUUCCUAAGCCCCUUCGCCAAGGUCUCCAAGGCAGCAGAGGGGGCGGCGUACCCGACUGUGUCGAUGGUGGUGCCGUACUACAACGGCCUGAUCGACGCCAUGGAGUCGCGCCUUGCCAAGGGGCCAUCUCCGACGCUGCAGCCGAUGAUCGUGACGGCGCUGAGCCACUUGAAGAAGUACGCGUACAUCACCAGCAACGAGUACUGGAUCGCCACCUUCUUGGACCCUUCCAUGAAGGCGGCGUGGUUCGACGACGCGCACUGGGAGAAGCUGCAUCCCGAGACCGACAGGAGGGUGAGGCCGCGUCCGGCGUCUGGCGAGGUGAUCAAGCUGGUGCGCGACCGCGUGGCCGAGUACCAGGCCCGGGCUGCAGAGCUUGCUCCACGGCCGACCCCACUUGCCCCCGUUGCGGAGGAGGAGGACGAAGAUGACGCGCAGUUUCUCCCUAGUCGCCGACGACUUGCGGCGCGUCUGUCGGCGAGCCAGGAUGCGGGGGCGGGUGGGAUGGUGCAGGACGACGAGGUUAGCAGGUACUUGUCCGAGAGGGUGCGGUGCGACGUGACAGCGCUUGAGUACUGGCGCAGUGCCACCAACAUGCAGACGCUGAGGCGCAUGGCCCGGGAUUAUCUCGCCAUCCCUGCCACGUCCGCUUCGAGUGAGCGGGUGUUCUCCCUUGGUCGCAACCUCGUUUCCUGGAAGCGGCACCGCCUGGCCUCUCAGAGGACGCGAGCUGUCAUGAUUCUCAGAUCAUGGUACAGUUCACACCCUGGCCAGAGGAUAGGCGAGGGCCGCCGACCGAGAGGCGUCGCACCACCAGAGUUCGCCAUUGAGGGCGAGGGGGCAGAGGAGGAUGACGAGGAGGAGGAAGAGGAGGGUGUGGAGGCUGACUACACAGCUGGUGGAGAGGAUGCUGUUGUUGGUAGUAGCAGUGCAGUGGCGCCUUAG